AUGUCAUUAACGAUAGAAGAUAUACCAAAAAUCUUACUAGAUACCAAUAAAUAUAAUUAUUUAUCAGAAUUAUUGACAUUAGAUCAAUCAUUAUCAUAUAAUGAAUUAACCAUUCAUCAACAACAAUUAUUUAAUACAUUAGAAUUAUUUACAUUUGGUAAUUAUCAACAAUAUUUAAAGUAUAAAGAUAAAUAUAUUGAAUUAGAUGGAUCUUUAUUAAAUAAAUUAUUGGAAUUAACUCUAAUAACCAUUAAUUUUGAAAAUAUUAAUCAAACUAUAAAUUAUCAAGAUAUUAAAGAUAUUUAUGGUAUAGAUAUAAUCAAUAACAACAACAACAACAACCAUCAUCAUCACCAUGAGAAAUUGAUUUCAUUAAUAAUUAAAUUAAAUUUUCAAAAAAUUAUCAAUAUAAAAAUCAAUGAUAUUGAAAAUAAAUUAAUUAUUAAUAGAGGAAUUGAAAAACAUUUGCUACGAGAUAUUUAUAAUAGUAAUAAAAUUAAUUAUAAAUUGAAAAUAUUGAAUGAAUUAAAUGAUAUUAAUAUUAGAUCUGUUAAUAUUGCUAAAAAUUAUUUACGAAAUUGGAUUAAUGAAAAAUUAAUCCCAUUGAAAAAUGAAUUUGAAAAAAAAUUAUUAGUUGAAAGUAACGAAUCUAUUGAAAAGAAUGAACCUAAUAAUAGUAAUACUAGUAAUAGUAGUAGUAGUGAUAUGAAAAGUACAAGGAAAAGAAAAGUUUCAGAUAAUGUUUAA